CAUGCUCCGCCCGGGCGCGCUGCGGCUGGGGAGCCUCGCGCUGCGGGGCUCCCCCGGGCGCACAAGCUCCGCUGGCCUCCGGAAAGGACAGGAAAGCCCACCCUCACCUCCAGAAUGGAAGGACAGAGCAGAGACUGUGAUCGUCGGAGGCGGCUGUGUGGGCGUCAGCCUGGCUUAUCAUCUGGCCAAGGCAGGAAUGAGAGACGUGGUCCUGCUGGAGAAGUCUGAGCUCACGGCUGGCUCGACCUGGCACGCAGCAGGUUUAACCACUUACUUUCACCCUGGGAUAAACUUGAAGAAGAUACAUUAUGACAGCAUCAAACUUUACGAGAGGCUGGAAGAAGAAACAGGACAGGUGGUGGGCUUCCAUCAACCAGGUAGUAUCAGGCUGGCUACAACUCCUGUAAGGGUGGAUGAGUUUAAAUACCAGAUGACGCGAACCAACUGGCAUCCCACGGAGCAGUAUAUUAUUGAGCCUGAAAAAAUCCAAGAGCUGUUCCCUUUGCUCAACAUGGACAAGAUUUUAGCUGGACUGUACAACCCAGGAGAUGGCCACAUUGAUCCGUAUUCUCUGACAAUGGCCCUGGCUGCUGGGGCUAGGAAAUAUGGGGCCCUUCUAAAGUAUCCUGCGCCAGUGACGUCUCUGAAGCCCAGGCCAGAUGGAACAUGGGAUGUGGAGACUCCACAAGGAUCUGUGAGAGCAAAUAGGAUUGUGAAUGCUGCAGGAUUUUGGGCUCGUGAGGUCGGUAAAAUGAUUGGACUAGACCAUCCCCUCAUCCCUGUGCAACACCAGUAUGUGGUCACAUCAACAAUCCCGGAAGUGAAGGCUUUGAAACAAGAGCUCCCAGUCCUCCGUGACCUGGAAGGAUCCUACUACCUCCGACAGGAAAGGGACGGGCUUCUGUUUGGUCCCUAUGAAAGUCAGGAGAAGAUGAAACUCCAAGCCUCCUGGGUCGCUCAUGGAGUCCCUCCAGGCUUUGGGAAGGAACUUUUUGAGUCUGACUUAGACCGGAUCGCAGACCACCUGGAAGCUGCCAUGGAAAUGGUCCCUGUCUUGAGAAAGGCGGACAUCAUCAAUAUCGUCAACGGCCCUAUCACCUAUUCUCCCGACAUUCUGCCUAUGGUGGGGCCCCAUCAGGGGGUCAGGAACUACUGGGUGGCGAUUGGCUUUGGAUAUGGCAUAAUCCACGCUGGCGGGGUGGGGAAGUACCUCAGUGACUGGAUCCUGCAUGGAGAACCUCCUUUUGACCUGAUAGAACUGGACCCCAAUCGCUAUGGCAAGUGGACGACGACGCAGUACACCGAGGUCAAAGCCCGAGAAUCCUACGGCUUCAACAACAUUGUUGGUUAUCCUAAGGAAGAGCGGUUUGCUGGGAGGCCAACCCAGAGAGUCAGCGGGCUCUACAAAACCCUGGAGUCCAAAUGUUCCAUGGGCUUCCAUGCAGGCUGGGAACAGCCGCACUGGUUCUACAAGCCCGGCCAGGACACCCAGUAUAGGCCAAGUUUCCGCCGCACAAACUGGUUUGAGCCGGUGGGCUCUGAGUACAAACAGGUUAUGCAAAGAGUUGGUGUGAUCGACCUGUCUCCGUUUGGCAAGUUCAGCAUCAAAGGCCGAGAUUCCACCCGACUUCUGGACCAUCUCUUUGCUAAUGUCAUUCCCAAGGUGGGUUUUACAAACAUAAGUCACAUGUUGACACCCAGAGGUCGAGUGUAUGCUGAGCUGACUGUGUCCCACCAGUCUCCUGGGGAGUUCCUGCUGAUAACUGGAUCUGGGUCGGAACUUCACGAUCUUAGAUGGAUUGAAGAAGCAGCCGUCAGAGGUGGAUAUGAUGUGGAAAUUCAAAACAUAACCGAUGAGCUUGGGGUCCUGGGAGUUGCAGGGCCAUAUGCAAGGAGCGUCCUUCAGAAGCUGACCUCAGAAGAUCUCAGCGACGACGUCUUCAAGUUUCUUCAAACCAAGUCUUUAAAGAUCUCUGACAUUCCUGUCACUGCUAUCAGGAUCUCCUACACUGGUGAGCUGGGCUGGGAGCUGUACCACAGACGAGAAGACUCUGCAGCUCUGUAUGAGCGCGUCAUGAGUGCGGGCCAGGAGGAGGGCAUCGGCAAUUUUGGAACCUACGCCCUGAAUGCCUUGAGACUGGAGAAGGCUUUCCGAGCCUGGGGCUCAGAGAUGAACUGUGACACAAACCCCUUGGAAGCUGGACUGGGAUAUUUCGUCAAGCUGAAUAAGCCGGCCGACUUCAUAGGGAAGCAAGCCCUGAAGCAGAUUAACGCCCAGGGGCUGAAACGGAGACUGGUCUGCCUCACCUUGGCAACGGAGGAUGUGGAUCCGGAGGGAAAUGAAAGCGUUUGGUACAAGGGCAAGGUGGUUGGCAACACAACAUCUGGAAGCUACAGUUAUCUCAUCCAGAAGAGUCUGGCGUUUGCUUAUGUCCCAACCGAGCUCAGUGAGGUGGGACAGCAAGUGGAGGUUGAACUCCUGGGUAAAAAUUACCCAGCAACCAUUAUACAAGAACCCCUGGUACUCACAGAACCUACCAGAACCAGGCUUCAGAAAGAUGGUAAAAAGACAAACCUUGAGAAAGACCCAUUCCCAACAACCAAGUUGUAGCUGACAGAACUGCUCUUGGUUCCUGCUCUUGCCAGGAUAAAGGCAGCCAAGCCUUCACUUCAAAAUCAUCAAAAUGCAGAUCAGUGUCUUUGUAA